AUGACACUAGAUGCUAAGAUGCCCACGGAUGCCAAGGAACACCAGUCUUCUGUCCGCCACGAUAACAAGGGCUCUUCGACUGAACUUACAACCGAAGAGGCCUUUGGCGGCAACAAACGAGGACGAGAACACAUAACCCCCGAUUCGGACGCUGGACUGAAGAAACAGAAGAUGGAAGCAGUGAGAGAGGAGGGCAAAGUUGGAGAAGGCGCUGGCCAUAAGAACAGAUACCGAACCUCUUGUGCCGUUGAUUCGAUGUCUGCUUCAGACGAGAGAAAGAUGAAGCAGAAAUCGAAAAACCAAGGGGAUGCAACAACCGCGAAUACCGAACACGAAGCAAAAGCCGAAGGGAGGACAUGCAAAUGUCAUGAGAUGCAAGAAUAUUGUACAUCCAUCGAGGAGAAGAUAGAGAGCCUGGAAGCAGAGAUUGAGAAGCUCGAGGAAGAGUUGGAAGAUUUCAAGAGAGAAACGGACAUGCGCUUUGAUUGGCUCAAUGGAGCGGUCACGGCUCUCGCAAGAGCCACAGGUUGGUUGAUGGGCCGGCUCAGUGAGCAAUGA